AUGGCGAGCCGACGGGUACCAUACGUUCUCCAGUCACUAUCCUUGAGGAAGAGAAGUUUUCGGAGUUUCCAAUGCCUCUACUCGAGCCGCAAAGCAUCAACCUUCAAUGGCAUGACCGAGCUCUCCGAGGAUGUCGAUCCCUUGUCCUCAAUGCAAACCCCCGGACCCUCAGAAGAGCAUCGCGCAUCAUUCGACCCCAUAGCACGAAGUAGACGACGGAAGACGCCCUUACCAUCCAGCAGAUACAAAUUCCGAUCUCCAAAAUACUACCGCGGCCCCCUCCACCCGCAUCAACCACCGCCCGCCACCGACCCCGACUCCCGCGAAUUUAUCCCGGGGCCCUUCUCCCUCCCCCGUCUCCAGCAAACCUACCACUCAACCGUCGCCCCCGAUCUCCUGACCCUGAUGUACAAACAUCACCCGCCCGGCACCCUCCCCGGACCCUCAGAACCCCGUCUGCGCUCUUGGGACGGCAGCUCGCCAUAUCACAAGAACCGACCACUGCGGGGACCGAGGGGAGGACCUACGCUGCUGCUACUGCGGCGGCCCAUCACUUUCAGAAACAUCCCGAGGCUCGAAAAGAUCCACGUGCACAGCUUCUUGAAGGGAGCCGGCUCCGACGCCGCCCACCUGCAGGUGGCAGGCAUGAUCAUGCAGGCCAUCACCAACGUGCGCGCGACCGUGUUCCGCGCCAAACACACCAUCACCAAUUUCGACCUGCGGAAAGGAAACCCUUGCAGCGUAGGGGUGGAACUAAGGGGAGAGGAUAUGUACAAUUUCCUCGCCAAGGUGACCGAGGUGGUGAUGCCAAGGAUUAAAGAAUAUAAGGGGGUGUGGGGGAAGAGUGGAGAUAGCAGUGGGGACAUUGCGUGGCGAUUUGGAUCGGAGACGGUGGGGACGUUUCCGGAGAUAGAAAUCAAUUAUGAUGCAUAUCCGCCGAAGAUGAUUCCGGAAAUCCAUAUCAUUGUUUGCACAACGGCUACGAAUGAUAAGGAUGCGAGAUUGUUGUUGAGCUCGAUGGGCGUGCCAUUUCAUGGGAAGCAUAUAAAUUAA